AUGCUGCCUAGUAGGACACAGGAAGCAAGGAAGAAAAAGGAGAAAAAGAAGAGGCUGCAAGAGGAAGCCAAGAUCCAGAGCCUUACUAGGGCUGCCCACAGGGCCUUGCAUGCUGCUCAGAUUCAGGAGGCCUUGGGCAGCUUCCAGAAGGCCUUCCUGCUGGCCUCCAAGGCCCCAUCAACCAGAGAUAGCCCAGUUCUCCAAGCCUGUGCCUUCAACCUAAGGGCUGCCUAUGUGGAGACUGGAGAUCCAACUACAGGUCUUGAGCUGCUUCUGAGAGCCCACCCUGAAGAGAAGUCUGAAGGCUGGUGUCAUGGUGACCAGUGUUUCAAUGUGGCUUUAGCCUAUCAUGCCCUUGGUGACCUGACUCAAGCUUUGGACUGGUACCACAGGGCUCUGGUCCAUUACCAGCCGCGGGACUACCAUGGGGAAGCACAGGCAAAAAUAGGAGCCUGCUAGGCCCUGGGAUGGCCUACGCAAGCAGCCUGCAGUUUACAGGCAGCAAGCCGGGCCUAUGCCCAUGCAGGCUGGCUCUGGGAUGCAGCCCUGGCCCAGGCGGCUGCUGUGAGGUGUAUGCUGAAUAGUCAGCAGCAUGGACUCAGUGAUGUGCUGCAGGCUCUGGAGGAGAGCCGUAAGCUUGCUGAUGCUGACCCAGGCACUGACCCAGGACUGCUGGGGCCAUUCUACAAUGAUCUAGGCAUGGGUUACUUCCAACUCCAACUGUUCCCUCUGGCAGUAGAGGCCUUCCUGCAGGCUCUACCCCUGUGUCGACAGACAGCAGAGCAGGCUACAGUGCUUCAAAACCUCGGAAUGACCCACAAUGUCCUUGGCAACUAUUGGGAAGCCCAGGAGUUUCACCAGAAGGCUGCCAAUCUGCACGAUGGCUCAGUGCGCCAGCGGUGGGAGCAAGGUCGCAGCUUUAGUGGCCUGGCCUUUUCACUAAGCCAGCUGGGGGACCACAGGGCUGCCUGGGACAGCUAUUUGCAUGCCCUGCAGGCUGCCCAAGACGCUGGCGACCACGAACCAGGUUCUGUACGAGAACGUCUUGUGGCCAAACUGACAGAUGCCAUGCGGUCCUUCGCGGCUCAUGAGAAGCUAGCCCAGGUGCAUUUCCUGCCUUCCACUUCCGGAAAGCUCCAGACUUCAUGGAAGCCCUCCCUAGAGUCAAAGACCUCAGCCAGGGUACAAAGUAGUGCAGAAGAAACCCAGAACAGUAAGUGGGAAGCUAGAGAAUCAGAAGUUGGCUGUGAGAAGAAGAUGGAGGGAUUGAUGAACUUGGCCACUGUGUUAGGACCUCGGAGACAGAACCGAAUUGCAGCCCAUCUUCCAUCUGGAGGCCUACGUCCCAAUGGAGUGGAAUAUCCCAUCAUCAAAGCACCCAACAAGUUCCAAGUCAAUAGGUCAUCCACAUGGACCAAGGAAGCCCUCAGCAGGAACUGCCAAAGGACACGCAUCCAGUCUGGCCUCUGCACCAUCAUGUAA